AUGAAUUGUGAAUGGCUCUCCGGGAGCCCGGGGGGGCUGGGGUUGCGUGAUCCCAGCUGCUGCUGUCCGUGAAGGCUGCUCUUCUCCCGGAUGCAGUUACGGAGCGGCUCUGCGCUGCAACCGUGCGCUCGACCUGCCUUCCCGAUCACUGAACGCGUCAAGGGCACGGCAUGGACCCGCCUGGCAGCCGCCUCCUGCCCAGGGACCUGUGGCGCAUCCCCGAGACCCGCAAGAAGGGCUGGUACCUGGCGCUCAUGGCCCCCAAUGUCAAGGGCCCCGGAUACUGCUGGCUCGACCCCUCUCGGCUCUACUGCAACCAGCAGGGCCUGCAGGACUGCAUCACCGACCUGCUGCAGCCCUUCUGGGAGGACCCCAUUGACCUGGUGGCCGGCAUUGACGCCAUGGGAUUCAUCCUUGGUGCAGCCAUCGCCAACACCCUGCAGAAGGGCUUCCUGGCCAUCCGCAAAGCCGGGCACCUGUGCGUGGAGACCUACACGCAGCCCUACGCCGACUACUCCUUGCGCCAGAAGGUGAUGGAGGUCAGGACCGACGCCAUCACCCCAGGCCUGCGCGUCUUGCUGGUGGAUCAGUGGAUCGAGACGGGGGGCACCAUGCAGGCAGCCAUUCAGCUGGUGGAGCAGCAGGGCGGCAUCGUCGCAGGCGUGGCCGCCAUCUGCAUCGAGGACAGCGAGGGCGGGCGCUGGAUCCAGGCACAGUACAAGUGCUCGCACUGCGUCCCCAACCACCUGAUGCCCCAGUUCAACCAGCACCAGCUGGAGUCCUUCAGCACCCUCGGGGUGAGGCACAGCCUGGUGUGACGGCGCCCAGGACCGGGUGCACGGGAGCCUCAGCCUGGAGCACCGAGCUGCUCCUGCCCUGCCCUGCCCUGCCGACGGCGCCCCAACCGUGCCAUCCCCGCUCCCCACCAAACGCAAGUGCCUAAGAGCCACCUCCACCUGGGCCCUGGGGCUGCACUGCCCAGCGGCUGGGGAGCAAGAACCGGGGCCGGUGCGUGGAGCCGCUCAGGGCAGGAGCCGUGCGCGCGGGAGCAGGGGGUGAGCGGCACCGGAUGCAUGGGCGACUGCUCCUGCGGCUCCGGUUUAUCGACCUCCAUGAAUAGCCCACCUCGCUGGGCAGCUUCCGCCUGCAUGUGUCUGCCCCACCAAGGGCUCCCCGCGUGCCCGGGGAUGCUGCCCCAUGCCAGCCAUCAGGGCAGCGCUUCAUGCCUGGGGCACCCGCCCCUUCCCAUCUCACACAUUAGGAGCU